UCAUCGUCAUCAUCUAAAUCACCUGCAUCUUUCUCUCCAUCAUCUAAAUCAUCAGCAUCAUCAAAUUCAUCAUCUUCAUCUUCUUCAACAUCAUCAGAAUCGUCAACAUCUUCUUCAUUUUCACCAUCACCAUCGUUUUCUCCAUCUUCAUCUUCAUCUAGAUCUUCGUCAUCACCAUCUGAAUCAUCUUCAUCUUUAUCUCCAUCUUCAUUUUCAUCAACAUCAUCGUUUUCUUCAUCUUCAUCUUUUUCUGGUUCAUCCUCAUCAUCACCAUCUGAAUCAUCUUCAUCUCUUUCUUUGUCUUCUUCUUCUUCUCCAUCUUCACUUUCAUCACCGAGAUCAUCACCGAGAUCAUCACCGAGAUCAUCACCGAGAUCAUCACCGAGAUCAUCACCGAGAUCAUCACCGAGAUCAUCACCAUCAAAAUCAUCAUCUUCUUCUUCAUCGUCUUCACAAUCAUCACCUUCAUCGUUUUCUUCUUCUUCAUCUUCUUCUAAUUCAUCAUCAUCAGAAUCUUCCUCAUCACCAUCUAAAUCAUCUUCAUCGUUUUCUUCGUCUUCAUCUUCUUCUCCAUCCUCAUUUUCAUCACCAUCAAGAUCAUCACCGAGAUCAUCACCGAGAUCAUCACCGAGACCAUCACCGAGAUCAUCACCGAGAUCAUCACCAUUACUUUCAACAUCUUCUUCUCCACCAUCACAAUCAUCACCAUCACUUUCAUCUUCUUCUUCUUCUCCAUCUUGUUCAUCUUCAUCUUCUUCUACAUCAUCAGAAUCAUCGCCAUCACUUUCAUCAAUUGAUGAGGAUGAAAUUUUAAAAUUGAAAAUUCAUCUGGCUGAGGCCAGAAAGUUUAUUGAAAAUUUUGUCGACUUUGUCGACAAAAUUGAACAAAAGAUUAAACUUUAAUAAUAAAGUUUUAAACUUUAAAUUGUUCUGGUGAACUUUUGUUCGGGUUCGGGUUCUGGUUCUGGUUUUGGUUCUCUUUCUUUUUCUCUUUCUUUUCUCUUUCUUUUUAUUUUCUCUUUCUCAUUCUCUUUCUUUUUCUCUUUCUUCUCUUUCUUCUCUUUCUGUGCCAGAGCCUCCAUUUUUUAACUAC